AUGGAUGAGCUGCUGGAGUUCCUGAAGGAGCUGCCCUGCCAGCUCUGCGAGGAGCAGCCGGUGGAGCGGCGCCUGCUGAUGGAGCUGGGCCUGGCGCGGUCCACCGCGGCGCUGCGCGCGGACUCCGACCCGGAGUCCCUGGAGGACCUGCGUCUGGCGGAGAAGGCGCAGGAGGAGUUGGUGCGGCACCGGAGGCACACGCCCUUCUUCAAGGUCGUGGCGCGCGACGCCUCCGGCGAUGGCAGCAGCUUCUUGUCGGUCUUCGACGGCAAGACGCGGUACCACCUGGGCGUCUCGAGCUUCGACCCCAGAGGAGGCUUCUUCGUGCACCCCAGCAAGGAGGCGGCCUCUCAGUCGGUGUCCGCCUUCCCGCGCCAGAGCGCGGCCUGGGGCGUGCGCCGGGCUGAGAGAGGGGUGGGGCAGUGGGCACGAGGGCACGGGCGGGGUGGCUCGGCGGGCCCGGUUUUUCUCCCCACAACACUGGAGAAAGCCAAAGGAGAAGCGGAGAUCUAUAAGUGA